AUAUCAACCUGAACUCUCCUAACAAGGGUCUUGUUGUGGAUCACACAGACAGCCUGUCCGACGUGCCGGUGGAGGGAGCGGUGGGGAACUCGGCCAACCCUCUUCCUCCCGGCCUGACAGAGGAAGAGGCUGAGGAGCUCCGCACUGAGCUCACCAAGGUGGAGGAGGAGAUCAACACCCUGCGUCAGGUUUUGUCAGCCAAAGAGAGACACGCUGCUGAGCUGAAGAGGAAACUCGGCCUCAGCCCGCUCAAUGAAUUAAAGCAGAACAUCAGCAAGAGCUGGCAAGACGUACAGACCUCCAACGCCUAUGUGAGAACCACUGAGAAACUGGGCGAGUGGAAUGAGAAAGUUACCAGUUUGGAGCUAUAUCUGUCUGCCUCAGCCACUUUGGAUGACAUUGCCCACUCUGAAGCAUACAAGAAGACUCAGGAGACUCUCUCCCAGGCGGGACAGAAGACCAGUGCAGCUCUCACCACAGUGGGCACGGUCAUCAGCAAGAGACUGGGCGACAUGAGGAACUCUGCAACCUUCAAGUCAUUUGAGGAUAAAAUGGGGAACCUGAAGGUGAGCAUAUAAAGUUGUCGGCCCCAGAGGGAACGGGGAGGCCGUCGGCUCCCCCACUGACACCACCCCCACUCAGGAGAACCCGCCUUUCUGAACGCAUCCCUCCUCCUCCUCCUCCUCGCUGCCACCUUCCUCACGACCUGAGACUGUACUGUUAUCACCUCACAUCGCUGAGUCAGCCCUGACCUUUGACCCUCCACUUCACCGACUCGCCACCACUCACUGCGCCCCAACCCCCCCACGAGGUCUGUAAACUCCGACAGGCGGAGGCGUAGGGGAUUGGAGGUGGGACGAGCCUUUCCAGUCCCAUCGCCGCCGGUCCCACGGCCUCCGUUCUUCUGCCCUCGUUGAGGAAAAGGAAAAAUGUUUUGUUGAUGUCUAAACCUGAAUAAUUUACAGACCUUGCUUUGUCCACCUCCUGCCUCUACUUCCUCCCCAGUUAGAGCCACACUCCUUCGUUCUCCUGCACUCCUCAGACUCCUGUUCUUAAACAGGUUCUUACUGUUUCAGAAAACCACUUGGCUUAAAAACAACAAAGGCUAAAAAGGCAUUAUGAGAUGUCGGGUUCUUGAACCAAACAUCACACUGAAUUCUGGGAUUGGGGUUUCUUAAAGAUACGCUGCAGUCAUGCAUUGAAAAGUAACCCUGCAGGUGCAUUUUUGGGCCCCAACUCAGAGUUUAGGAACCAGGAUGUCUGCAGAAUGAAGGUGGAGGACCUUUUUUUACGGGCAUAGGCAAAAUGGUGGUUUUAUGCUAGUUACACCUACUAACUCUGUCUUCUUGUUUCCGACUGCUAUCAUGUACUUUAAAUAAUGUAUUCACACUGUGAGCAAACGCUAGUGUCACCACAGUAACCCCGCCCUGUUCGCAAACUCGUCCUCAGUUUGCUUCACAGCUCUGCAGUCGGCAGCAGUGUGAAGUACGCUCGUAGGUUAGAGUUAGUGGUUAUAUUGGGAGGGUGGGGGGGCCAGGCAGGGGGGGCGGGAUCCGGCACAUCUCACCCUUCUUAGACCUACCACUGCUACAUGCAUGUGCAUAUCUCAUCUCAGUUGUACCAUACCAAUCAUGCAAAGACGACCGAGGUCUCGUGUAACACCCUAAAAAAAAACACCCCAGGAUGUAAAAACAGACAAAAAAAACCUUAAACCAUUUUGUAUUAAAACUAUUUUACACUGCUUUGCAUAAUGUUUUUACAUAACUUUUAUCAAUAUGUAUAAAUAUAUAUGAAUAAAUAUAUUGUCGCUGAUGCUGCUGAAUGGUAGCAAACAGGUUGGAAGGUUUAAGAAAAAGCGGGGGGAGGAUAAACAAACUUAAAACAUGUGGAAAACAAAGAAACACUGUGGGUCAGUUUCACAAGGACGAGUUAUUGUCUGUCAGGAGUUUCUUCUCUUCAUGGUCUAAAAUAAACAAAUAAAAAUGUUCCCACGUUUGUGAAACUGACUCAUUGACGAGCUGCAGUCGUUUUGUACCCGUGUGGGCACAAGACGGAUCAGACCGAGGCAAUAAGGAACACAAUCCAACUGGUUUCAUUUGAUAAACUGGAGGCGCGUUUGAUCUCAGAUGUGCUGCUGCGACAUGUUAAUGCCGCCAUUUGCAAGUCAAACUCUCGAGGGUCGAAAAUGAUUUGAAACCAGUUUGGCUGUGUUUUGCUUUUUAGCCUGGUUUGACUGCUGUUCACUCAAUGUGAGACGACGCUUUGCUGUGUACACUACCUGGUGAAUGUCAACGCUUCUCUAUCGGCCUUACUCACUUUAACUGGUUCACCUGUUAUUCUUAUUUAGCUGGUAGAAAAGAAAUGUCAUUUAUGUUCCUUUUUUUUUUCUUUUCAAGUUGUACAGACUGGUUUGAUUGAAGGAAGGGGAGUUAGCAUUCAGAUAUUUAGAGUCCGGCGAGCCACAAAAGUCAUGGAAAACCUCUCGCUGCCAUAGUAGAAACUUUGCCAACAACCCCUUAAUGCACUCCUUUAACACACACUAAAUGCUACUAAAUGCCCUAAUCGCACACACACACACACACGCUGCACGAGGCCAAACUAACACAAACGUUUUGUACAAACUCAAUGUUGCUCCUAUCAUUGUUGCACCCUCAGAGACCACAUGGUGAUAAAUACAAACUCCAGGGCCUCAGAAACAAUGACAGUAAAUCUGAAGGCACUGUCACUUUUCUCCUUAACAUGUUCUAUACUUUUAUUAUUUUUUUGCUGAUACAAGGGCAACAUCGCCUCUGGUGGUUUGACAAAAUGUUACACUGCUGUUUUUCCAGUUAAAAAAAAAAAAUACAAGGCAACUCGUGGAGAAAAAAAGCCAAAAUCCUCGUCAAUCUUGAGUUGCUGUUGAGGCUCAUCGUUUUCUCAAAGCACUAAAAGGUGUUUGAAUGUUGCCUCUCACGUUGCCAAAUAUAUCUUUCACCCAUCACAACUACAAAAUGUUGCUCUUGUAUCCCAUCUCAAAAUGUCACGUGUGGUUUAAAGUUGCUUGUCGAAUAUAUUAAAAGAUGAACAAACAUGAAAUGAAAAUACACCGACUUACAAACAAAAACUUUCCCGUCAAACUGCUUCAAAACGAGUGUGCCAGUGUAUCAUAAGUGUAUUUUUUGUUUGUGUUGCUCAUUUUGGUAGUUAAUAUAUUCCUCUUAGGUGAAUUGUUAUGUUUUCUUUUGGCUUUCUGUCUAUUCGGAGAGGUGGAUUAUAUAAGAUUUCUUAUUUGUAUAAAUGAUUUGCCAUCAGUUAAAAACAAAUUGCCAAUAUUUAAACAUCUGUUACAGAAUCUCUUUCUUUCUGCCUCUGAAUCUCAUGGAGUCUCUGACUUUCCUGCUUCGCCAACAUGAAAAAACGCAGACGCACACUGCAAGAAAUAUUGAUCUCAGCUCAUUUACUUUAGAAUUAAACCAUAUUUCUCUUACACAAAGUGGAGAAACUCACUCAUAGUUGACGCUUUGGUAGAGCAGUGAUCUCCCUUUUGUGCAAGACAAAUGUGAUUUGAAGGAUUAAAUGACUUCUUAAGAUGUAAUUUUUUUCUUUUCUUUUUUGCAGUGUAGCUGUUUGUGUAAAGCUGCAAUCGGUUUUCGGAGACUGAUGAUGAAAAAGGAUGAUUACUUUUUGUUUUGGGUGCCAAUGGGAAGUGCAGCACAAUGGUGAGCCUGCUCAGAGCCAGCCGCUGCAGAGGCUGGAGGACAGUAGAGUACUUAUAGCUUUAUUUAGGUCCUGGGAUGGGCUGAUGUAGAAUAUCAAAAGGGAUCAGAUUUGGAAGAUUAUGGCGAGUUAAUUAAAAACACUUUGUUUUUUUGGUUUUGUUGUAUAUGUUUGGAUAUCAAUAAAGCAUUCCUUUAAAUGAA